AUGAGUGUUCAAGUCUUUGGUGAUCAAGUUACGGAGGAAAGAGCAGAGAAUGCUCGUAUGUCUGCGUUCGUUGGCGCUAUAGCAGUCGGUGAUUUAGUCAAAACAACACUGGGCCCAAAGGGUAUGGAUAAACUACUACAAAGUGCAUCAAGUGAUUCAUCAUUGAUUACAAAUGAUGGAGCUACUAUUUUAAAGUCAAUUCCUUUGGAUAACCCAGCUGCUAAGGUUUUGGUGAAUUUAAGUAAGGUCCAGGAUGACGAAGUUGGUGAUGGAACAACUAGUGUCACGGUAUUGGGUGCUGAAUUAUUACGAGAGGCAGAGAAAUUGAUUGAUCAAAAAAUUCAUCCACAGAUUAUUAUAGAAGGUUACAGACUUGCAUGCGAUGCGUCUUUGAAGGCGUUGGAGAAGACUGCUAUUGAUAACUCGAGCAAUGAAAGUAAAUUCUACGAAGAUUUGGUUCACAUUGCGAAGACCACGCUUUCUUCAAAGAUUUUAUCACAAGAUAAGGAGCACUUUUCUAAAUUGGCGGCAGAUGCCAUUUUAAGAUUAAAGGGAUCGACGAAUUUAGAGCAUAUUCAGGUCAUUAAAAUCAUUGGUGGAAACUUAUCGGACUCCUUCUUGGAUGAAGGAUUUAUAUUGCCAAAGAGAUUUGGCAGUAGUCAACCUAAGAAAAUUGAAAAGGCCAAGAUUUUGAUUGCUAAUACCUCUUUAGACACAGAUAAGGUUAAAAUUUUUGGCGCUAAAUUCAAGGUCGAUUCUACCUCAAAAUUGGCCCAAUUAGAAAAAGCUGAGCGUGACAAGAUGAAGAACAAGAUUGAAAAGAUUUCGAAGUUUGGUAUUAACGUUUUCAUCAACAGGCAAUUAAUCUACGAUUAUCCAGAGCAACUUUUCACAGAAAUGGGAAUCAACUCCAUCGAGCAUGCAGAUUUCGAAGGUGUAGAAAGAUUGGCUUUGGUAACCGGAGGUGAAGUUGUUUCGACUUUCGAAAACCCGGAAAACUGCAAAUUAGGUGAGUGUAACUUGAUUGAAGAGGUAAUGAUUGGAGAGGAAACUUUUACCAAGUUUAGCGGCUGUAAAGUCAGUAAUGCUUGUACGGUAGUCCUAAGAGGUGCUACUUCACAAGUCCUUGAUGAGGCAGAAAGAUCUUUGCAUGACGCUCUAUGUGUCUUAUCUCAGACCACCAAAGAGCCAAGAACACUAUUAGGUGGUGGUUGCGCGGAAAUGAUUAUGUCCAAGGCAGUCGAUACUGUUGCCCAAAACGUGGACGGAAAGAAGUCUUUGGCAGUGGAGGCUUUUGCAAGAGCUCUAAGGCAGUUACCAACUAUCUUGGCUGAUAACGCUGGUUUUGACAGCAGCGAAUUAGUUUCCAAGUUGCGGUCUGCUGUUUACAACGGUAUGACUACCAGUGGUUUGGAUCUAGACAACGGUGUGAUUGCCGACAUGAAAGAACUAGGAAUUGUGGAAAGCUAUAAAUUGAAAAAAGCUGUUGUUAGUUCUGCAUCAGAAGCAGCUGAAGUGUUACUGAGAGUGGAUAAUAUUAUACGCGCCAAGCCAAGAACUGCAAACAGAAACCAAAUGUAA